AUGGAUUAUACAAAGCUUAAAACCAGAUUAAAGGACAAAUUUACAAAGGAAUACAAGAAAACAAAGCACACUGAUGCGUAUUUAGAAGCAGAGGUAGAAUACAAGAAGGCAAGAGAGUCCGUGAAAAUGAUGGAAAUGGAACUGCAAGCACUCUUGCAAGCAUUCACUGCUUCUUCCAUAUACGAAAACAUAACCAGCAGCCUGGCAUCAGGCUUUGAAAUGGUGAAGGAGACUCUAAAGAAGCAGAACAGGCAAAGAACAGAAGUAUCAAAGGAAGAGGCAGACGUGUUUGGGCUAUUUGCAGGAUCUUCACAGGCGCUAGCAUCCAAUACAAAAGGAGAUGUAUCAAGGCAGUUUGAGGCACUUUCCUACUCGCUAAAGAAGGUGUCUGCAUCUAGAGUACAGCUGAAAGACGGGCUAACCAGAGUUAUGGACACAAUUAAAGAAUUAAAGGAUACUUCUCUAGAAAUAGAUGAUAAUAGACUUAGAAUAUUAGACAUACGCCAAUGCAUAGAGUCAUCUAAGUCUGCAGAAGAAGAAGAGAAAUACAAGCAGGAUUACACUGAGAGUAUAUCUAAGGUGUAUGAGGAUAUGAAAGGAUAUACGCAAUCGCAUGAACUAUCAGAGAUAGCUUUGGGACUAGUUGGUGCCCUUCGUAGUUUCUUUGGAGAUGCGUAUGACGCAAUGGCGGAAAACAUAAAUGAGAAGUAAUUAAUUGUUUCUGUUCAUUUAUUCAUUAAAGACA